AUGACCCUCACUCUUGGUUAUCUCGUCAAUGUCAUCCUCGCUGCGCAGAAUGGCAUCGGGCUGCCAAUGUCGACGCUCACUAUGCAAAACAUGGUCAACUUCCUCAAAAUCGUUCUCGCCAUUGAAGUCAUGUACUAUGUCAACGUCUUUUGCAUCAAGGUGUCCAUUCUCUUUACCUACAUCCGAUUCGGAACCAUCGUCUUGCACGUUGUUUUCGUUCUUGUUUGCAUCUUCACCACUCUGGGACAAUGUCAACCUAUUCACAAGUUUUGGGACAUUACCGGCACUGUUAAAGGCACCUGCAUCAAUACAACCGCUUUCUUUUACUGUGAGAAUUCUUCUGCCCCUUUUCCUCUACCCAUACUGACACCACCCACAGUCACCUCCAGCUUCAACAUCGUCACCGACAUCUGGAUCCUCCUCCUCCCCAUCUCCACCCUCCGCGAAAUUCACCGCCCACCACGCGAAAAGGUCGCUCUCUUCCUCAUCUUCGGCGUCGGUACCUUCGCCACCAUCGCCUCCAUCGUCCGCCUGCACACCAUCUACACCUACACCCUAGCCACAGACCCGUUCCACGAGGGAACCAAAGUCAACCUAUGGUCGGUGAUCGAGGUGACCAUCGCCAUUUCGUGCGCCAGUGUCAGCGCGUUAAAGCCCAUGUUUAGCAGACGGCAGAGGAGGCUCACCCUGGGAGCAAUCGGAGGAAGGAGUGGUGGUCAUGGCUACCGAGCCUACGGGACAGGGACAUUUACUGGUACCAAUAACACGGGGAACGGGACUGGAGCAGGGAGUAGGAGUACAGGCACGUGGGCCCUGGCGAAGAAUAAGGGGAUUAACAACGGACUGGGCACACAAUCUAGCGAAAUCGGAUUACAUGACGAAGACAUGGAGGAUAUUGAGCUACAGAGGCUUGGCUCACAUGCAGAAACUCUUGUCGACGAUCAGGCCACCGAAAUAACCUCUCACCACCAACAACAACAACGACAACACCCGACAAUAGCGCCUCCUCCUCCCUCUCCCCCAAUCCAAAUCCAACGACCAAAACCAGCAGCCAUCACCCUCAACAACCAAACCCGCCCCUUUUCCUUCCCUCCACCACUAUCACCGAACCAGAUCGCAGGCCACAUGGGAUUGAAAUACCCGGGAUACCAGGGACCUGCUAGUCAGCAGCAACAGCAGCAGCAGCAGCAGCAAUACGGCGGCGGCGGUGCUAGCACUAGGGGAAGGGAGAGGGGAAUGUCGGAGACUGCCUCUACUACCUCUACCUCUAGGCAGAUGACGAUGAUGGGAGGCGUACAGAGUCAGGGUCAGGGACAGGGUCUGGAUGGUGGGACUUGGGCGGGACUUCAGGGAGAGGUGGUCAGUACAGGUACUGGACCGCGGGACGGUACACCUACUAGGCCGCCGAUAGGGCCGAGGGCGAGUACGUUUGGGGAGUAA